AUCCAAGUUAUUUGCUAUAAAAGACCUUGAUUUCGUGACUUUUUGAAAGCACAACACAAUGUCAGAUUACUGCAUCUCGCUAAGUGACGACUUUAAAGGUUAUCCUGUGGACAAGUUUUGUAUUUCUUCCCGUUAUGAUGGAUGCAUGGAUUAUGUCCUUAUACCGAAUGGUAUGGUUAAAGACAGGUAUGUAAUGUCGAAAGUUUAAUUCUUUUUAAGGCUGGAAAAAAUGGCAAUGGACAUUGUGAAUUUUUAUGAAGCAUCAAAAGCAAAAUCGAUUACACUUAUGUGUGUCCUUAAAGGUGGAUUUAAAUUUCUUGCUGAUCUUGUUGAUGGACUGGAAAGAACUGUCCGUGCAAGAGGCAUUGUCAUGCCUAUGACUGUUGAGUUUAUUCGAAUUAAGAGUUAUGUCAAUGAUGCCAGUACCUACGAACCGGUAAUAACGGGUUUGGAAAAUCCUUCAGAAUAUAAAGAUAAGGAUAUUCUUGUUGUUGAGGACAUUGUCGACACCGGUAGAACAAUGAGAAAACUUAUGAGUCAUUUACAGAGUUUUUCAACGAGGAGUGUUAAAGUUGCCACCCUGCUUGUUAAGCGUAAACCAGAUGGUAUCACCUAUCGACCGGAUUUUGCAGGAUUUGAAGUUCCCAACCGAUUUGUUGUUGGCUAUGCUUUCGACUAUAAUGAACAUUUCCGGGAUAUACAGCAUAUUUGUGUGAUCAACGAAAAGGGUCAACAGAAAUUCUCUUUACCUUCCGUGCCAAAUGCUCUGUAACGUUUAAAAUUAGGGUUUCGAAGAAUGGAAUUUCAAUGAAGUCACCAUAAAUACUUCUUUGAAUUUCUUCUCUGAAUCUAUAUACACUUACAUGAAUACGCGCCAAAUUUGUUAUUUGUACCACAGUUUUCUACACACAUCUGUAGUCCAUUUAAAAAAAUUUCAAUGUAUCAUUCCUAAAUUUGUAUUGUAUUCAUUCAACCUCACUAUGCGCACGUAUCCAUUUCUAUAAUUUUGUAAACUUUAGUAGUAUUCAUUAUUUGGCGAAUAAAAGAAUUUUUAUAGUACUCAAUUUAUAUAUUUUCAGUCAAAUAAAAUAAAUUAGAGAUUAAAUCCUUC